AUGUCUUCUUACGAUCCCAAUGAUCCCGACUUCCAAUAUUUGGCUGUCGACCGUAAGAAGAUGAUGAAGGAACAGACUCAAGCUUUCGAUGGUAAAAAAGCUUGUUGGGUUCCAGAUGAAAAGGACAUGUUUUUGCCUGCUGAGAUCACCAGUUCAAAGGGCGAUGACAUCACAGUCAAAAUAACUACCACCAAUGAAUCAAGAACUGUGAAGAAAGACAGUAUUCAACAGAUGAAUCCUCCUAAAUAUGAGAAGAUCGAAGAUAUGGCCAAUAUGACCUACCUGAACGAGGCUUCAGUUUUACAUAAUCUUAAAUCUCGUUAUACGGCCGGUCUAAUAUAUACUUACUCUGGUCUGUUCUGUGUAGCUGUGAAUCCCUACCGACGUCUACCUAUUUACACCAUGAGUGUUAUCUCUAAAUAUAGAGGUAAACGAAAGAUGGAAAUGCCUCCCCAUUUAUUUGCUAUUGCUGAUAACGCCUACCAAUCUAUGGUACAAGAACGUGAAAACCAAUCUGUUUUAAUUACUGGUGAAUCUGGUGCUGGUAAAACUGAAAAUACAAAGAAAGUUAUUAUGUACUUCGCUCAAGUUGCCGCAAUGGGUCACAAAUCAGCUGAAGAGGAAGAGGCUAAUAACAGUAAAAAGGGAACAUUGGAAGACCAGAUUGUACAAUGUAAUCCAGUACUUGAGGCCUACGGUAACGCCAAGACAACCCGUAACAACAACUCUUCUAGAUUCGGUAAAUUUAUCCGUAUCCAUUUUGGUACUCAAGGUAAAAUCUCUGGUGCUGAUAUUGAACAAUAUUUGUUGGAGAAAUCUCGAGUCACCUUCCAGCAACCUGCUGAAAGAAACUAUCAUAUUUUCUACCAGCUUCUGUCUAAUGCUAUUCCAGAAUAUAAUGAGAAACUAUUGGUGAACCCUGACCCAGCUUUAUACUCAUUUAUAAACCAGGGAUGUCUGACUGUUGAUAAUAUUGAUGAUGUUCAGGAAAUGAAAGAUACUGAUGUUGCUUUCGAUGUUUUGGGUUUUUCCACUGAAGAGAAACAUGGUGUCUUUAAAUGUACUGGUGCUAUUCUCCAUUUUGGUGAAAUGAAAUUCAAACAACGAGGAGAACAGGCUGAGUCCGAUGGCAAUGCUGAGGCUGAGAAGGUAGCUUUCUUAUUGGGUAUCAACUCAGGAGAUAUGAUGAAAGGUUUGAUCAAACCCAAGAUCAAGGUCGGCACAGAAUUUGUCACCCAAGGUAGAACCAAGGUUCAAGUCGUUAAUUCUGUUGGUGCCUUGGCUAAAUCUCUCUACGAUCGUAUGUUCAAGUGGAUGGUUGUUCGACUCAACAAAACUCUGGAUACAAAAGCAAAAAGGCAGUUCUUUAUUGGUGUACUAGAUAUUGCUGGUUUUGAGAUCUUCGAUUUCAACAGCUUUGAACAGUUGUGUAUCAACUACACCAAUGAACGUCUACAACAGUUCUUCAACCAUCACAUGUUUGUACUGGAACAAGAAGAAUACAAAAAGGAAGGCAUUGAUUGGGAAUUCAUUGAUUUUGGAAUGGAUUUACAAGCUUGUGUUGAUCUUAUUGAAAAGGUGGGUCCAAUGGGUAUCUUGUCCAUCCUAGAGGAAGAAUGCAUGUUCCCAAAAGCCGAUGAUAAGUCUUUCAUGGAUAAAUUAUACAGCAAUCAUUUGGGCAAAUCACCAAACUUUGUUGGAGAAUAA